AUGGCUGAAAGAUUCAGUGGUUCAUUCAACAAUUUAUUUAGUUCUCCAAAUACAGAGGGAAAUUUAAACUCUCAAAAUUCUCAAUCGCGUUCUCUUCCCAAUCUUCAUCCGUCUCAAUUUGUUUAUGCAACUCAAUUUUCACAAAAUACUCCCACUGGUUCGAAUUUUGUUCCUCAUGCUCCGUGUUUCAUGUUUCCAUCUGAUUAUGCUUCAAUGGGUGGUCAGUUUAUGAUGCAACCUCCUUCUCAAGUAUUUACUACUCCAUCUCCAUCAAGCAUGUCGUUGAAUGAAUCUCGACAGGUGAGUCUGGGAGGAUCUGGAUCCGAUAGAGAGCUCCCAACACCAAUUUCAAUGCUAUGCUCACAAUUUCCACCACAUUCGACGACACCUAGGAUAGAAAAUAUUAACAUCGAGGAUGAUGAGGAGGAUGACAAAGAAAUGAAUGUCUCUCGUAAUAGAGCUAAGGUGAUGUGGUCAAUUGCUGAGGAGAAGUGUCAUGCAAGAGCUUGGGGAACUAUUACCAAUGACCCAAAAGUUGGUAAUGCACAAAAGAAUAAGUAUUUUUGGCAACGUACCACCACGUACUAUAAUGAUAAUCAGCCUACGGGUAUCACAGCAAGAGAAUGGGCAUCGAUAAAGUCACAUUACUAUCGGGUUAUGCCUGAUAUUGGUAAGUUCUCAGGAUGGUACAAUAAUUUCUUCAACAAUCGGGCUAGUGGUGAAAGUGACGCUGAUGUUUUAGCCGCUAUACAUGAUAUGUCGAAAAAGGUAUACAAGAAUAAGGCUUUCAAGUAUGAACACGUAUGGAAAAUUAUAACAGAGUGCGAGAAAUGGGCUCCCCAAUCUCUUAGUCGUCAUGCUGACAAGAAGGCGAGGACUUCCGAAUUAGGAGCACAUACUUCUUCAGCCAAUUCGGAUACUGAUGGUGACUUUGAAAUUCGCUCACAUCCAAUAGGGCAACAGAAGGCGAAAAGAAAGAAUAAAGCCAGAGUUACAGAAGACGAAGACUUCAGCAUGAAAUGGGAACAAAUGCAACAAUAUCAAAAGGAAAAAUUGGCGCUUAAGGAACUCGAGCUAAAGCAAAAGGAUUAUGAUAUGAUUAUGAAAGAUACGAGUGGAAUGACAGAAACACAACUUCAUUGGCAUAUGAAAAUAGUUGAAGAAAUUACAAAGAGACGUGACCUACAAUAG